UCUUUAAUUUUUUGCGGCUCACUUCUUUAGUUGUAUAUAAUUCAUUUGAAAAUUAUGUGAAGAUUAUUAUUUUUAUUUAAUGUUUGUAAAAAUAAGUUCAUAAUGAAGGCUAAUAAUUCGAAUUCAGCAGAAGAGUCUGUAAAAACUCCGUCAAGUAAAUCCAGCAAAAAGUCUACUAAAUCUCGUACAAAAACUUCCAAAUCUGAAACAACCGGUGCGAGUGGCAGCGGUCCUAAAAAUUCUAUCGGUCUUGGUAACAACCAAACAAGCUCUUCAUCGAACAAUAUUAUAACUACACCAACUACGCCUACUACCAGCAAUCCCAGUAAUUUAUUUGAUUCAUCUUUAAAUACCAUUACAAACGGUGGCGGCAUUGGCGUGGAUGUCAGUAGCAAUUCCAGGAAUCAUGUAAAGAGUUAUGCUGGGCUAGAAGGGCGUUCGGUGAAAAUUAUUUGGGAACAACAUGAUCAGAGUGAUUUAGAACUAUCGACAGAAGUAUGUGCUCGUGUCGCUGAAGAUGUCUCCUAUAAACUAUGGGAAUUAGUAAAUAAUAUUAAAACAUAUGCACGCCAUUCUGGCGGCACUGUAACAUACGAUUUGGUAAACGAGGUUUUGGCUGAUGGUGAUGUACCGCCUGCAUUAGGUGCAAUGGACAGCGAAUGGGAUCGCAUUGACUACGACGGCAGUUACUUCUUUUAUUCGGAUAAAAUUAUAGAGCUGAGAGAUGAAUAUCAGAAAGAAGUUACUAUGGAAAUCAUAGAUGGUGCAGAUUAUGAAUGCACCUGGCCCAUGGAUGAAAAGCAAAAUGAACAGAUUAAAAAAUUUAUUCCCAGUUUGAUUAAAGUCGUCUUUUAUGGAAAUGAAGAUGAACUAGAUUUCGCUCUCUCAGAAGUGGCGUUUUCUCCUCUUCUUGGUGCUUGCUAUCGUGUUAUCCUUUCUAAGUUAAUACAAAUAUUGGCAUUUAAACAAAAUGAGGAUAUCAGUCUGCGCUGUUGGCGCCUACUUCGUGCUAGCUCUUGUAAUACACAUUCCCGCCUGCAAAACGUACGUGUGGAAUAUUUUCAUUUAUCGGAGAUACUUAUAUCACAACUGCUUGCCCCAUAUGAGAGCAUAAAAGUACAUCCGAACACGAAAUCCGAGGAGCAAUGCAACAGUGCAAGCAUAAAAACUGAAAUAGAAGAAGUAAAGGCUGAAGAUAAAAUGGAAGUAAAAUCAGAAUUUAUGGACCAGUCCGGUAUAUUUAAUAUCCAAAACACGAAUGAAGAAAAGGUUUAUAAAUUACAAACUGAUGAUGAACAAGAUGGCGAUAUUGAAAUGCGUCCUGAAAUAUCUCCUUAUUUCGCUAGUCCUGUUGAUUGGAAACAUGUUGAUGACUUGUGUGAUACAAUAGGUCAUAUGGCAACUUCGAAUGGUUACUUCCAGAAAGAGUGCAUAUUUCAUAUAACGAGAAGACUACAACGAUUUUUCAAUGGUCGCAGUGUGUCAAUAGAAAGAGAUUUUCGAUACAUAAGCCGUGCUGUGCGUGGUUUGAUUGCAUUGGGUGAGUUCGCUUUUCGUGAAUUCAUACCAUUCAUUUACAAAUUCAACGUAGAUGAUGUACCUGAAAGUUUUUGGAACGACUUUUCGCUUAGCGCUGUGUUUAUUAAAGGACCUGAUGACAUUUUUUUAUACGAAUGGCUAGAAUAUUUAUGUGGAGCAGACAAAUUGCAGCCCUUUUUAUUAUAUUAUGCGCAAUAUUUUGAGAAGUUCUUGACGACACGCUUCCUCCGGCGCAAGCUGGGCACAUUUAAAAUAUAUUCCAAACCUGGGGUACGCCGCUUAGAAUGGAAUGCUCUGGCUGCGGCUAUGUGUCAUGGGGAUGAUCCUAACAAAGCAUUGAAGCCCAAGCCGAAAAUCAAAGAGGUCUUCCCCGAUUUGGUAUCACCUAAUCUACAAUUGAAUCGUGCCGGCAAUAUACGAUUUAAGUUUGCAGGUUGUCGGCCAGUAAUAAUUAAGUCGAAGAUGCCCACAAAUUCUGCAAUUCCGAAGUCGGAAUCAAAGUCUUUAGGAAUUUUAAGUGGACAUAACGAUAUACUUAUAGCCCGACGAAAGUUAUAUAAACCGUUAACGAACGAGCGUCGUAUUAUACCACUCAGUAGUUACUAUUAUGUAAGAAUAUAAAUAUUUUAUUAUUAAGCAAUGUAAUGUUUUAAGUCCCUUAAAUAUUAAAAACAAAACUUUUCUCUGGGAGAAUGUUUUAAACAAUGUAAA